GCGGGUGAGGCCUGGCGGCGCCGCGGGAGUCGCGGGUCGGGAUUUCUUCUUAUUUCUGCUCUGGGGUGUGCCAGUCACCUCAGCGCUGGCAGGAUGCUGCUCCCCCUGCUCUUCCCCCAGCGGUGCCGGCCCCUCCGCCGCCUCCUGCGGGGCCUGUGGGAUGGGAGGAGGGCUGGCUGUCCCCGCAGGGCUCUGCACACAGCCUGGGCCACCUGCAGCAGUGACAUCACCCCCGUGUUCACCAGGGCUCUGGCCUUUGGGGACAAAGUGGCCAUCGUUGACCAGCACGGGGAGCACACGUACCGGGAGCUGCUCGGCCGCAGCCUGCGCCUGUCCCGGGAGAUCUGCGGGCUGCUGGAGUGCCCCAGCAGGGACCUGAGGGAGGAGAGGAUCUCCUUCCUGUGCCCCAAUGAUGCCUCCUACGUGGUGGCCCAGUGGGCUUCGUGGCUGAGCGGGGGCGUAGCCGUGCCCCUGUACAGGAAACACCCCGUGGCCCAGCUGGAGUACGUGAUCCAGGACUCGCAGAGCGCCCUGCUCAUCGCAGCCCAGGAGUUCCUGGGGAAGAUAACCCCCAGUGCCAAGAGACUGGGAGUCCCAGUGCUGCCACUUCCCAGGUCUGGUGGUGAUGGACCCACGAGCUCUGCAGCCCUGGAGGAGGGGUCCUUGCCGAGCUGUUCCUCGUGGGAGGACAGAGGAGCCAUGAUCAUCUACACCAGCGGCACCACGGGGAGGCCCAAGGGUGUCCUCAGCACCCACAGGAACGUGCAGGCUGUGACCACGGGGCUGGUUGAGAAGUGGGAGUGGAAGAAGGAGGAUGUGAUCCUGCACGUGCUGCCCCUGCACCACGUCCACGGGGUGAUCAACAAGCUGCUGUGCCCGCUCUGGGUGGGAGCCACGUGCAUCAUGUUCCCAGAAUUCAGCGCCCACACGGUGUGGAAGAAGCUCCUGAGCACCCAAGCUCCCCGUGUCAGUGUGUUCAUGGCAGUGCCCACCAUCUAUGCCAAGCUGGUGGAAUAUUACGACGAGCAUUUCACGCAGCCCCAGGUGCAGGAUUUCGUGCGUGCCUUUUGCCAGGAGAACAUCAGGUUAAUGGUGUCAGGCUCAGCAGCCCUGCCUGUGCCUGUGCUGGAGAAGUGGAAGAGCAUCACAGGGCACACCUUGCUGGAGAGGUAUGGGAUGACUGAGAUUGGGAUGGCGCUUUCUAACCCUCUGCACGGAGUCCGUGUCCCAGGCUCGGUGGGCAGCCCGCUGCCCGGGGUGGAGGUGUGCAUCGCCAGCGAGACCUUCGGGGGCGGGGCUCGAUCCUACGCCGUGCACGCCCGGGGGGAUGAGAACGGCACUCAGGUGACCCCAGGCCUGGAGGGGCAGGAGGGGGAGCUGCUGGUGAAGGGCCCCUCCGUGUUCCGGGAGUACUGGAACCGACCUGAGGAAACGGCCGCCGCCUUCACGCCCGACGGAUGGUUCAGAACAGAGCUCACUCUGCCAGCAGUGUCACCACGAGUCCCCAAGCCAGCCGGGUACCACCGAGCAUCACCAGCCCUCACGUGGGGUGCAGGGCAAUCAGCUUUCAAAAUUUUUUUAGUCAACACUCCUGAUGAAUAUUUCAGCUGCAAAGGAAUAGCGUGCAUUAAUUAUUGCAAAGAGAUGUCUUUAGGAGAAAAUGAUUUUGAAAUUCAGUUUAAUUUCAUUGUAAUGCGCCGCAAACAGGAAGGGAGUAUGUGUGUUUAAUUGGCUCUCGGGGGUAAGGCCGGGAAGAUGGCAUGCCUUUGUCACAGGCCAUUAGUGAUACAGACUGCAUAAUGAGGGACUACAAUCAGCUCACAGCUGCCGGCUCCUACGGGGAGAGAAUGAUAUUAAAUAGAAAUCAGUAUAAAUUAAACUUAACCCCUUCGCCAACCGAGCAAAGCUCGGAGCUGGAAGCAAGGGAGGGGAGCAGUGCCAGGAGUGGGGGUUCAGGGUGGGUCAGGGGGUGCUUGGAGAGCCCCCCCAGCAGCCAGGUGACUCCCUGAUGUCCCCCUUCCCUCGGGCAGGAGGCUUGAACUCCCUUCCCCAUCCCUACCCCCAGUUCCUUUCCCCUCCCGCCUCCUGCUCUGUCUCUCCUGGAUAUCAGGUCGAUGGGACUGGGUUUUUCCCAAGCCUCAUUUAUCCAGCAGUGCCAGGAGCAAUCCCAUGGCCCCAUCCUCACCCUGCCUGCCCCAGCCUCAUCAGCAGCCUCUGGAGAUCACUCAGAGGUGGCACAU